AGUGUCAGUGUAAACAAAAGGACAUAAACAGAGCAGCUUCCCGUCAGUCUGAACAAGCAGGUGUUUUUAGACUUUAAUAUCUAAAAUCAGGGACGGCUUGUUAUAUAGGCAGAUGUUCUUAAUAGUACGGCAAUCACAGCACAUUGUUAUCUUAAAAAUACCUGUUGAAUAGCUGAUCUUUCAUUGAACCGACGACAUGAACGCGCUGGUGGGCUACGGCGUGUCCUCGGACUCGGAGAGCGAUGGAGACGCGUCAGAUGAACACAGUAAAACCAGGUCUAGUCAGGAGGUGUGUCAAGAGGAACCUGUGAAGAGUCGAAACUUCCUGCUUGAGGGGGAUUCGGGGUCGGCAUCCAGUGAUUCAGAAGAGCCAGAGGAAGAGCAACCCACUGCACAUCUUCAUGCUCCACCACGAGGAAGUCUUCCAAGCCCCACACUGUCCUCCGGGGUGAAUAAACUGCCCCCACCCUCCCUGCAGGCCUGCUCUGACACCAGCGUAUUUACCAACCCAUUUAAGGCUCAGGCAGACCAGAAACUUAAUGCUCUGCAAAAGCACGUGCCCCUGACAGAACAGGCCAGACCCUCUCAUAUUGGAGGACGGCGGAUCUGCGUGUCCUACAGGAAGGAUGGAAGAUGUAGAUUUGGCAUUAAGUGCAAGUAUGCCCAUGACAGUGAUCUCCAAACCCAACCCGCUGACGGCCAUCGAGAGACUGGUAGAGAGGCCCACACUAGUGCAUGUGCUGCCCAGGGAACUCAGGGAUUCCAGCAUGACACGGAGGAUAAGACAGAGGGACAGAAAGCGACCAAGAAGAGGGUUGGACUAAGCAACACUUUAAUUCCCCCAAAACGAGCAAUGAAGCAGUAUGCAAGGCAACGGGAAAAAGAGGGAGGCCAUAUCUGACGCAUCUAACCCUGGAUAACAAAAGAACAAAACAAGGGGUGUUAAGACAUUUAUUUACAACAUACAAAUCAACAGUUGAGUGUCCUUUCUACCACGCUGUUACAGAGGUGCAGUUCUACUUUAGACCUAUUUAAGAUUUCUACAUUUAUGUGACAGCUAAAUGUGUAGUUUGUAUCUAAGAAUUUCUAACAUUUACAACUGUGUAGUAGCAAUACGAUGUCAAUUUUAACAUGUAUUAAUUGUAAAGACUUAACAGCAGCACACGUUUUAUGUUACAUAAGUAUGUUUUGCUAUGUUAAUCUAAUUGUAUUUAUAAAAAAAAUUGUGCAUAAACAUUUAAUUUUGAUGGAAA